UUUUCUAUCGCCACACCUUUUCAAAGUCGAGGAAGACGAACAGGACGCAACAAACUGUCAAAUAAUUUCGUCAUUUUCUCACAUUAUCACCGAAUAUUAAGAUUAAUUCAUUUGCACGUCUUUAAAGAAAAUGCCUUUGUUAAUUCACAACAGAGGAAUUGACCGGAUCAGAUCGACAGCGGAGCUGUUUGACAGAUUUCCACAUUUGCAGCAAAAUGCAAGAUCAUUUUCUUCCAAGCCACCUGUUAACGUUGACCCAAAGUGCCUCUUGUACGUUCAACAAAGGGAGUUUGCUUCAACGACACCAAAGGACGAUAAUGUUUCAGUCAUUGGAUCUGAUGACGCCACCACCUGCCACUUGGUCGUACUGCGACACACCGAGAGUGGAGCUGUUUGUCUGGCACACUGUGAUGGUUCCAGCACACAAUCAGAAGUGCCACUCAUUGUGAAAGCCGUUAUGUCAUUGAGUAAUCAUGUGAAGGAGGGCAGACUCGAACUCCAUCUUGUCGGGGGAUUUAAUGAUGAAUCAAAGAUGUCCCACACUCUCAGCCUGAACCUGCUGGCUGCAUUCCACAAUCAGAAAGAAGAUAUCCAACUGGAAACAUGUUGCAUCACAGAAAUGAAUGACGUUAGUGUGAACGGAACUCACAGACCUAUCGUAUAUGGAAUUGGUGUAAAUGUUAAAACGGGGGAUGUGUUCCCUGCCUUAUUCCAUCAUAAAGGACCUGCAGAGGAACUGCGUUCAGCUCGAACCUUCACUGGAGGACAGAUGGUUGACAUAUAUGAUCCAAGCCGAGGACUUGUUAAAAUCAGCCCGUGUAAGUGGUCCCCUAAUCUGGAUAUUGCCUUCUGGUUGUCACAGAGUGAUGACACCAUUUUAAAGUACCUGUCCACCUCUCCGAUGGCCGAGCCACCACACUUUGUCCAGCACAUGAAAUCCACCAUCCAGUUCCUUCUGCAGAACCCGAGCUCCGACAGUCUGUUCCCCGGCGGGCAGCCGCAACUCUACCACAGGGCAGCGCACGGCGCCUGGGAGAGAAUGGUCCAAUCGUAGCAGCUCAGGCCCACAUUCUGUUCCACUUCACCGCGGAACUUUUCUUUUUUUUGCCUCUGAACUUUACAGAUAAAUUGUGGCCAGUUCACCAGCUGUUCCUUGUUCAUGGUGUCUUAAAGUGGGAAUGCGUUUUGGCCGGACGGCGUGCUGGACGCUGGAGUCUGAGCACUCGAGCAGCACGAGUGAAAAUUUCAAAGCAUGUCAAUGUUUUCACUGUCGUGAGGACCUGCAGAGCCGCAGCAUGUGAAGGUUAAACUUUUACUAUGCAUGUGUGAAAGAAAUGAUUGGCACCACCAACCAAUGGAGGGGGGGGUGAAGGUCAAACUUUUGCACACCUCUAGGGUCAUGUGAUCACCCCGUCUGUCCAGUAUGAAUGCAUGUAGACAAAAUAUUUGAAAAUGCAACCAACAGAUUUUAGUGUAAAAUGGCUAAAUUAUGGUGAUGAUCCUUUUGCCUUAAAGUUUUCUAAUUUUUUUGCAUUUUGUGAUGCAUCAUUAAAGAACCUGCUUUAUGAUGUCACAGUGACA